AUGGGUGUCAACUUUUCAGGUGUUUACAAUGUUGUUCACUUUGGACUUCCCAGAGAAAUUGAUACAUAUGUCCAACAAAUGGGACGAGCAGGAAGAGAUGGUGUUCAGUCCCAGGACAUUAUUAUUUACAAACCUGCACAUUUGAAAACACUUGAUGAAGAUAUUAAGAAACUUGUAACAACAGAUCAGUGCCGCAGAGCAGUGUUGACAAAUUCUUAUAUGUGUAGUGAGAAGAUAGAUAUCAAGAAGCACUUGUGUUGUGAUUUAUGUGAAAAGAAAUGUAGUUGUGGAGAAUACACUUGUCCUAAUGUCCAUCCUGCCAAAAUCAACCUUAAUGAUAAUAGUGCAUGUGAUGAUUCCUCCAGUGAAGCCUCUUCUACCGAAGAUGCCAGUGAUCUUUCUGAUAACGAAAUUGAUUAA